AACGGCGCACGCACGACGCCAGAGAGAUCGGUUCAGUUCAGGCUGAGAUCCACCGAUCCACUCGUCUCGCUGCACCGAGCCGAGCGGGGCGCGCGGUCGGCUCAGAUCACACCGCACCGGCGGGCGAUCACCGACGCCGACGCGGCGCCCCCACGCCAACGGCCGAACGCACUAGCGAACUCUCCGCCCCCUCGCCGUCGUGCUCCCCGACCCAACCCAAUCCCAACCUCCAUCCCGCAGCUACAUCUCCCACCCCGCCAUCGCGCGCCGGGAGACGAAGAGCUUCGUCCACUCCCGCGCCUACCGUCAACGGCGGCGUCGGUUCGGCUCCCACUCCCGCGCCUCCUCCCCUCGCUCUCGCGGUUCGCGGGUUCAACCGAUUUGGUUGGCGGGGCGAGGCCGCGGGGCCAGAUCACGCUCGCGCGCGCCUGGGUGGGGGAGGUGGGUCGGCGGUGCAGAUCAGAUCUAUGCGCGAGAUCUAGGGCGGAAGUGGAGGCAGUGGGCCGGUUGUGAUCGGAGCAGGAGGCGGGGACGGUGAUGGCGUGGUGGUCGGGGAAGGUGUCGCUGGGCGGGCUGCAGGACAUCGCCGGCGCCGUCAACAAAAUCAGCGAGAGCGUGAAGAACAUCGAGAAGAACUUCGACAGCGCGCUCGGCCUCGAGGAGAAGCGCGACGAUGAAGAAGCAUCGGGAUCAAGGACAUCUAACUCGGAUAGAAUAGGAUUCUUCAAUCCUGUCAUGGCUUUCAUGGGACAUAAUGGCGAGGAGGAUGGCACUGAAGCAUCAGAAAAGCCACAAUCUCCGAAGCAUUCAUCAGCAGCAGAAGAAAAUCGUGGCACCCCCACUAAGAAACAUACAUCUGAGGUAGAUGCUUCUGAAGGAUCAGAAACAGCACAAUCUCCAAAGCAGCCUUCAAAAUUAGAAGAAACUCAUAGAAACUCCACUGAGUCAGCUGUUUCUGGGGCGGAUGUUUCUGAGCAACCCAUGACACCACACACUCCAACGCAUCCUUCAGCAGCAGAAGAAAAGCUUGAUGGCUCCAUUGAGUCACCUACUCCUAAGGGGGAUGCUUCUGAGGUAUCAGAACCAUCACAAUCGCCAACACAUCCUUCAACUGCAGAAGAAAAUCAUAGUGGCUCCAUUGAGACCAGUUCAAUCAGGAAGGAAAACCAGGAUUACCAAGAUAGCAAACAUUUGGGUCCUAAUGAUGAAGCUUUACCAAGUCAGCUUGGAGAGUCUGGCAGAGACACACCUGAUGUUGGAGCAUCUUCUUCACCUACCAAGUUAGAUCAAUCAAGUGACAUGGAAACAGCAGAAUCUAUUCAUACUGGAAAGGAAGAUACAGCUGAUGGGAACUCCUCUCAGUCACAACCAGCAGAUUCCAUGCUAGGUAACUCAGAUGAUGUAGAUGAAGCUGAGGGCAAGAUUGUUCAAGAAUUUGAUGUCCAAAAGGUAAGAAGUACCCCACAGGAGAGCAGUGACACAGUUGACAAAUUAACUUAUCUAGAAGUCACAGUACAUGAUGACAAUACUAAUACUGCUGAAAAUGAAGAUGAAAGCAACCAGACAGAGGCAGGGGUAGCAUCUGUCGUUGGACAGGAGGAGGAUGCAAGGGAACAGCUUGAAGACCUUAGAUCAAAGUCCAUAAUUUCAGAGCAUGAUUCAAAUUCGCAAAAUGAGUUGGUGGUUACUUCUGCAGAUAUGCCUGGUGGACCAGUAGAAGUAGGUUCUCCUGCAAAUAGUUUGAGAAAAGAAGAAAAGAUGCAGGAAUCUAUUAGAAGUACAAGCUCUCCGACUUUGGAAUCUGUUGGUUCUGUUGUUGAGCUUGAGAAAUUAAGACGUGAAAUCAAGAUGAUGGAAGCUGCAUUGCAAGGUGCUGCAAGACAAUCCCAGUCCAAAGCUGAUGAAAUUGCGAGAUUGAUGAAUGAGAAUGAGCAAUUGAAAUCAACAAUUGAUGAUCUCAAGAGUAAGUCAUCUGAAGCAGAAAUGGACGCACUUAAGGAUGAAUAUCACCAAAGGGUAGCAACUCUUGAAAGGAAGGUGUAUGCACUAACCAAAGAACGCGAUACAUUAAGGAGAGAGCAGAAUAAAAAAAGUGAUGCAGCUGCCCUUUUGAAAGAAAAGGAUGAGAUUAUCAGUCAGGUCAUGGCUGAAGGUGAAGAACUAUCAAAAAAACAAGCUGCUCAAGAAGCUACUAUACGAAAACUGAGGGCACAGAUUCGUGAGCUUGAAGAAGAAAAACAACGACUGAACUCAAAGAUCCAGGUUGAGGAGACUAAGGUUGAGAGUAUUAAGAGAGAUAAGGCAGCAACUGAGAAUUUGCUUCAAGAAACAAUAGAAAGAAAUCAGACCGAACUUGCAGCUCAGAAGGAGUUCUACACCAAUGCUCUUAAUGCAGCUAAAGAGGCUGAGGCAUUAGCUGAAGCAAGAGUCAACAGCGAAGCCAAAGUUGAACUGGAGAGCCGUUUAAGAGAAGCUGGUGAAAAAGAAAAUAUGUUGAUUAAGACAAUCGAGGAGUUGAGGCAUGCUCUCACUAGGCAAGAACAGGAGGCUUCUUUCAGGGAAGAAAGGCUAAAAAGGGAUUAUGAUGAUCUUCAAAAGCGGUAUCAAUCCAGUGAACUUCGCUAUAAUGAACUGGUCACACAAGUUCCGGAGUCUACCAGACCACUCCUAAGGCAAAUUGAAGCCAUGCAGGAGACAGCUGCUCGAAGGGAAGACGCUUGGGCUGGUGUCGAGAGAACCUUAAACUCUCGCCUUCAGGAAGCAGAAGCUAAAGCUGCUGCCGCAGAAGAAAAGGAGCGGUCUGUAAAUGAGCGAUUGUCACAAAGUUUAUCUCGGAUAACAGUUCUGGAGACCCAGAUUACGAUUCUGAGAACAGAGCAGACACAGUUGAGCCGAUCCCUUGAAAAGGAGAGACAGAGAGCAUCUGAAAGUAGACAGGAGUACCUAGCAAUUAAAGAGGAGGCGGUAAUACAAGAAGGGCGGGCCAAACAUCUUGAAGAAGAAAUAAAGGAGCUUAGGGCUAAACACAAAAAGGAGCUGCAAGAAGCAGCAGAACACAGGGAGCUGCUUGAGAAGGACCUUGAAAGGGAAAAGGCUGCCAGGGCAGAACUUGAGAAAACAUCUUCCCAUGAAGCACCUAAAGUUCCGCUUCCAGAUCAAACAAGAAAUGCCCCUCUCAGAAAGCUCUCUAGUGCUGGGAGUAUAAAUAGUCUGGAAGAAAGCCAUUUUCUUCAAGCAUCGUUGGAUUUAUCGGACAAUACUUCAUUAGAGAGGAGAAUGUCCUCAGAAAGUAAUAUGUCAUAUUAUCUGAGGUCCAUGACUCCAAGUGCUUUUGAAUCAGCACUUCGUCAAAAGGAUGGAGAGCUGGCUUCUUACAUAUCACGCUUGGACUCAUUGGAAUCUAUUCGGAAUUCACUGGCAGAGGAGUUGGUGAAAAUGACAGAACAAUGUGAGAAGUUACGGACUGAAGCAGCUGCUCUGCCUGGCUUAAGGGCCGAACUGGAAGCUCUGAAACAAAGGCACUUUCAAGCUCUAGAACUUAUGGGGGAACGUGAUGAAGAGUUGGAGGAGCUAAGAAAUGAUAUCGUUGACCUAAAAGAGAUGUACAGGGAGCAAGUGGAUCUUCUCGUUAGCCAGCUCCAGGCAUUGGGCGCUCGUGUAUAGUGCUGGUACGGCUUUGUCAUGCCAUCCAAUUCUUGUCCAGUGCAUCUGCAAGUCCCAGACAGCAGGUCUGAGACUCGAACAUGUUUCUUAGAAAUUUAAAUGCUACUAAUGUGGAAAUUUUGUAACCAUACAGCGACACUGAAAAUAUUCGUUCGUGUACAUCUUAAGCACCUUUUGGUGUUGGGUUUAGGAGGAUGCGUUGUUGUAUACUAGAUUGAAUAGUUUCACAGUUUUACGUGUAUUCUUUGCAAUUUGUUUUCAUUGAAGUGUAUCAAAUUGGGGUCCAUUUGGAAGUGUACCCCAGAGGAAUGCAAAUAUGCAAUCAAUAAUAUGGAGAGCUUAUGUGUCCCUUUUCUAUGUUCC